GUGGGCGGUGAAGGGGGAAAGCCCCGGAUGUUCGUUGGGGAUUUAACAUGGCGGCGGCAGUGGCCGCGGUGGCGGCGGCGCAAGAGAGUUGAGGGCGGUGUGAGGGUUCAGAAUUCCGGGUCGAGCAGCUAGGCCGCGAGCGACCGCAGCGCCGAGCCGAUGAGUCACUCGAGGCCCCAAGAGGAGACGUCACCUGCCCGAGGGCACUUCUAGCACAGCCAGCAUCAAACCAGGCCUGCUGCUAGGAGCCCAAGUCUGCGCCCUCGUGGUGCUGAGAGCCUCAGCACCAUGUUUGGGAAGAAGAAGAAGCGGGUCGAGAUCUCCGCGCCCUCCAACUUCGAGCACCGCGUGCACACGGGCUUCGACCAGCACGAGCAGAAGUUCACGGGGCUGCCUCGCCAGUGGCAGAGCCUGAUCGAGGAGUCGGCUCGCCGGCCCAAGCCCCUCGUGGACCCCGCCUGCAUCACCUCCAUCCAGCCCGGGGCCCCCAAGACCAUCGUGCGGGGCAGCAAAGGUGCCAAGGAUGGGGCCCUCACGCUGCUGCUCGACGAGUUCGAGAACAUGUCGGUGACACGCUCCAACUCCCUGCGGAGAGACAGCCCACCGCCACCUGCCCGUGCCCGCCAGGAAAAUGGGAUGCCCGCAGAGCCGGCCAGCUCGGCCAGAGGGGCCCCCGAGAAAGCGGGCAGCCAAGGCCGGGGCGCCAGUCGCAGCGAGGCGCGUGGCAGCAGUGGAGACAGGCGGCGGGGGGGGCCAGAGAAGAGGCCCAAGUCUUCCAGGGAGGGCUCAGGGGGACCCCAGGAGUCCUCCCGGGACAAACGCCCCCUCUCUGGGCCUGACGUCGGCACCCCCCAGCCCGCCGGUCUGGCCGGUGGGGCCAAAGCGGCAGCUGGUCGGCCCUUUAACACAUACCCGAGGGCCGAUACGGACCACCCGGCCCGGGGUGCCCAGGGGGAGUCUCACAGCCUGGCCCCCAACGGGCCAUCGGCAGGGGGCCUGGCGGUCCCCCAGUCCUCCUCCUCCCGGCCUCCUGCCCGAGCCCGCGAACCCCCCAGCCCGGGAGUGCUGGGCCCCCAUGCCUCUGAGCCCCAGCUGGCUCCUCCAGCCGCCCCGUCGCUGCCCCCCGCCCCCGCCGGGCACCCGGCCCCCGGGCCCCCCGGGCCCCGCUCGCCACAGCGGGAGCCGCAGCGCGUGUCACACGAGCAGUUCCGGGCUGCCUUGCAGCUGGUGGUGGACCCCGGGGACCCUCGCUCCUAUCUGGACAACUUCAUCAAGAUCGGCGAGGGCUCCACGGGCAUCGUGUGCAUUGCCACGGUGCGCAGCUCGGGCAGGCUGGUGGCCGUCAAGAAGAUGGACCUGCGCAAGCAGCAGAGGCGUGAGCUGCUCUUCAACGAGGUGGUGAUCAUGCGGGACUACCAGCACGAGAACGUGGUGGAGAUGUACAACAGCUACCUGGUCGGGGAUGAGCUCUGGGUGGUCAUGGAGUUCUUGGAGGGUGGCGCCCUCACUGACAUCGUCACUCACACCAGGAUGAACGAGGAGCAGAUUGCCGCCGUGUGCCUGGCUGUGCUGCAGGCCCUGUCCGUGCUCCAUGCGCAGGGCGUCAUCCACCGCGACAUCAAGAGCGACUCCAUUCUGCUGACCCACGAUGGCAGGGUGAAGCUGUCGGACUUCGGGUUCUGCGCCCAGGUGAGCAAGGAGGUACCACGGAGGAAGUCACUGGUCGGCACGCCCUACUGGAUGGCCCCUGAGCUCAUCUCUCGCCUCCCCUAUGGGCCAGAGGUGGACAUCUGGUCUCUGGGGGUGAUGGUGAUUGAGAUGGUGGACGGGGAGCCCCCCUACUUCAACGAGCCACCCCUCAAAGCCAUGAAGAUGAUUCGGGACAACCUGCCACCCCGACUGAAAAACCUGCAUAAGGUGUCACCCUCCCUGAAGGGCUUCCUGGACCGCCUGCUGGUGCGUGACCCGACCCAGCGGGCCACGGCGGCUGAGCUGCUGAAGCACCCGUUCCUGGCCAAAGCGGGCCCGCCCGCCAGCAUCGUACCCCUCAUGCGCCAGAACCGCACUAGAUGAGGCCCAGUGCCCUGUCCCUGAACCAAAGAAAGAGCCCCUUGGGUCACCCCUGCCCGCCACGGGCCAGUCGGGGGCCGGCCCCCACUCCUCCCUGCCUGGGAGACACUCCAUGUGGCGCCACCCUCCUUGCGGGGGGUGGGGGAGCGUGCAGGACCCUACUACUGAACUCCAGGUUUGAUUUUGUGACUUGUAAAAAAAAAACACAGGGACUUGUGGGAGCAAGUGAGGGUCCCCAGCCUCCCCACCCUCCGGGACAGUCCCUUCCUGUGUCUUCCUGUCUUCCAGGAAGGACAGGCGGCCCCCCAGUCACUGGAAAUCAUCUGCAGCGGGGGCUGCUGUGGGUGGAGAGAACACUACAAAAGGCGUGUGUGUGUGUGUGUUGUGUGUGUGCACGCGCCCGUGCAGAAGGUCCAGCUGCUCUGUCCUCCAGCCUGCAAGAGGGUGUCUCUGAGGCCUGCCUGACAUACAGCGCAGCCCCCUGGCCCCCCUGAGCCAUUGCGGGGGUCGAUCAUGAAUGUCUGAAGAGUGGCCUUUUCCCCAAGUCCUGCAUCCCCUUUCUGUGGCUGGCUGGGGAGACGGGGGUCGGGGCUUCCCGCCCAUCCCCAGCCUCUGCAGAUGACUACUGCACCUGGACAGCCUCCUCUUUUCUAGAAGUCUAUUUAUAUUGUCAUUUUAUAACACUCUAGCCCCUGUCCUGACCCGGGGACAGAUGGGUCUCUGCCCCGUGGGGCGGCACCAGGGACAGAACCACCGCUCGAAGAAUCAGGUUCCCAGCCCCUUGGUGCGGCCCCACCCCCCUCCCCUCCCUUCCCUCAAGUUAGUUUUACAAUUAAAACGUUUUCUUGUUUUGUGUGUGUGUGUGUAUGUGUGUGUGUGGUGUGUAGAAGCCCCUCUCCAGGCCAUCUUGGUGUGGGAUUGGGGGGAGGGACCUGACGGAGAGAGGGUGGCCUGGUGAACCCCAGGAUUCCAGCCCAUCUUAGGGCAAGGGCCAUGUCUGUGGGGGAUGGGGAGGCCCCAGGUCGAAACAGCCAGUAAGGCCCCCCUGACGUGGUAUCCAGACUCGCCCACCCCCUGGCCUGCAAACAUCAGUCCACCAGAGUCCGUGUGCUGCGAUGCCCAGUUUGCCAAAUCUGAGAUUUGCCGGAAUCUUGUUUUAAAGGUUGUUUGUCUUGAGCGUGUUGGGUGGGUAGGAAUGAUCCUUGAUGAGCUGAUGUUAGUAAAUGGGCCGUUCAGAAAAUCGGUCUGUGGGCAGGUGGGCUUUUGAGGACUCGGCUAAGGCGGAUGGAUCUGGAACAGCCAGCUUUAGGGAUACUCCACUGGCCAGAACCCUCCCUCUAAAUCAGGGUCCCGGGGUGCCGAGCCUGGGUCUCCAUGAGCGGAGAAAGGAAUUGGCUGGCAUCCAUUGGGCAGCGCUGUGUUCUGGCCACUGACCACCCCAGGCUGGUGUGAGCUUGGACUAUGUGCGUCUUCCCCAGUACCCGAGAGGUGGGGGGGGGGAGCAGGCCCCUGGGGAGAGCUGCAGCGUGAGCAGUGAACCCCACCGCCACUGGCCCCAGGAACCUCAGCCUGGCUUGUGGGCAGGAAAAGUGUGGAGAUUCUGGCUUGGGCUGUACCUCCUGCCCCCGCCCCAGAGCACGCCUCUCCACAGGCCCUGAGCUCCCCAAGGCUGGAGUGCCAUGUCUGUGCCCGGGGCUGGCCACGAACAGGCACCCUGUAGAUGGGGACUCAGAGGUUUAAACAUCCCCAGGGAAGCAGCUGUUGCCAUGUUGAAUGUGUUGGAUGCCUGGGUGGAGUUGUUACAUCUCUGGGAAGAACUCUGCCAAAAUGGGUAUAAGGAGAAACAGAAAACAAGAAAAGACCAAAGUAACAUCCCCCCACACACACACCAAAGAAAAAGCUUUGGGCUUGAAUGCUUUUACAAAUGAGUUCUACCAGACUUUGAAGGAUCACGUAAUUCCUACCUUGUACAAAUUGUUCCAGAAAAUAGAGAAACAUUAGCAGCCCGGCUCGUUUUCGGAGGCCGGUACGCCCAUGAUUCCACAGCCAGCUAAGGACGGUGAAGAACAGGGUGGCACAAAGCCACCUCGCUCCCAGCCCGAGUGCCUCGGCUCCCUGGGCCCCCCCCCGGGGGGGGGGGGGCUCCAGGACGUGCCACUGCGGGUGAAGGACCUCUCUGGGACAGGAGGUCCCUUACCAGGUCAUUACAUGGUGGAGGAGCCAACAUUCGGCCCCACGGCAACUCUGCCAUGAUUGUCACCUUCUGCCACCAUCACUACAGUUUAUUUUGGGGGGCCUUGAGAGCGCUUCCGGAGACCCCGUGCCCCUUCCUGCUGCCCCUGCCCAUCUGGAAGGGAUUCCCACGGCAUCCGUGAAACCCCUCCAGUUGUUUCAAACAGCAGAUUGAAUACGGGGGUUGGUCCCAAAAGUAUCGGGAAGGCUGGGGCAGCCAACAGGGCCAGUAACCUGGCCGCCCAGGGGGCUAGAGGCACAAAAGGCCUCAGGGGCACCACCAAGUUCCCGGAAGUCGGCCCGUGCCUCUGCAGCAGCGGGAGCAGAAACGUUCUUCCAGCUUCCCACCCACUCCAGCUCUAGGGCCUCCUCCAGGCAGGACCCCACUGAUCCCAGCCAGUGAGGGAGUCCGUGCCGGGCAUCGGCGGGACAAGGGAGCACUCAGAAGGGCAAGUGUGGCAUAGCAAGAGCAGACACCUGCCCCAGCGGCGAUGUGGCCCUGGGGACUGGCUUUGUCCAGAUGGUACGGACCAGACGAGACGUGGUCCCACACAAAGUAGUGAGUGUUGCCUCAGCGGCAGCAGGGGGCGCUGUACUCUAAACUGCGAAGGCCCAGGAGGGCAUGUAUUAGCCCGCAGGUCAGACGCGUGUUUACAGACACCAAGAAUGAGUGAGUGAAACAGGUCAGACCAGUGGUUUCUCCAAGUGUGGUUCCCGGACCAGCAGCAACCCUGGGAACUUGCUGGAAAUGCAGAUUCCCAGGCCACACCCCAGGCUGAAUUGGUGGUCCAAAGAGGCCGGCACGGCCCUUUAAGGACAUGACCCAGAGGUUGUGCCAUUGCCUCAUUGGCCAGAGCUUCGUCACGUGGCUACACCCGGCAGCAAGGGAGGUUGGGAAACGUAGUCUUUAUUCUGGGUGGUUGUG